AUGGAUGGUGACUUAUGUGGUCGUGGGUGCUUCCAUGGUGGUUUGGGAAGGAGUAGUUCCUCCUUAGUGGCGAAUAAGAACAGUUUUAAAAAUCGUUGCAUCCGUUCAUUAGAGCAGGGAAAUAAAAUCAUUACAGGUAAAAUCUACACAAAGAUUGCAAGGUCCAGAAUAUUUAUUUUGUUUGUUCUAACCCUUUUGAAUCUCCUUAUGCAGAAUAUGUACUACAAUAAUGAAGAGUGGAAAUCCUUUUCCAAAUUAGAAAUAAGCACAAAUGGAUGUUCAAGGAAAUUAGCUCAAAUAAAACAACUGAGGGAAUGUGCUGAAUCUGGUGGACAGGCCCUUAAAAAUGAAGAUAGUGUUCAUUUGGGAAAGUGCAAGGAACAAUUACAAAUGCAAGAGAGCUUGAAACAAGUAGGCCCCGAGCCGAUACCCAGUUGUAUGGAAAAGGAGGAUAAAAUUACUACAGUAAACGAGCAAAUACAUUUUGAUGAGCCGGAAAAGACAAUCCAGAAGGGGAACACUCCCAAUACAAGCACAAAAAAGGGAACAACUGCGAAUAGGAACACACAGAAGGGGAACACUCCAAAUACGAACCCACAGAAGGGGAACACUCCAAAUACUAACACGCAGAAAGGGAAAACUCCAAAUACGAACACGCAGAAGGGGAACACUCCAAAUACUAACACGCAGAAAGGGAAAACUCCAAAUACGAACACGCAGAAGGGGAACACUCCCAAUACAAACACAAAAAAGGGAACAACUGCGAAUAGGAACACGCAGAAGGGGAACACUCCUAAUACAAACACAAAAAAGGGAACAACUGCGAAUAGAAACACGCAGAAGGGGAACACUCCAAAUACGAACCCACAGAAGGGGAACACUCCAAAUACGAACCCACAGAAGGGGAACACUCCCAAUACGAACACGCAGAAGGGGAACACUCCCAAUACAAACACAAAAAAGGGAACAACUGCGAAUAGGAACCCACAGAAGGGGAACACUCCCAAUACGAACACGCAGAAGGGGAACACUCCCAAUACAAACACAAAAAAGGGAACAACUGCGAAUAGGAACACGCAGAAGGGGAACACUCCAAAUACGAACCCACAGAAGGGAAACACUCCAAAUACUAACACGCAGAAGGGAAAUGAAAAAAAUAGAAUAAUGACUACAGCGGAGUUGAAAGAAAAAUAUGAAGACGUUUUGUACGAAGAAAUAAGCCAAAAUGAAAUGAAAGAAAUUUUUGAUUUCAUUGACGCCAGUAAAUACAAAAAUAUACAACUAAAAGAAAAUGUCGUUUAUAGUAUGGAAGAUAAUAGCGAAUUGGAAUAUGGUGUUACGAUGAAAGAUAUUGGUGAGAAGAUUACAGAAAGGGAUCUAAAUUUGAGGAUCGCAAAACUACCGCCUGAUGUGAGCAGAAAAAACAUGUUUAUAAUCUGGCACUAUGUUCAAUUGUUCGGAAGAGAAAAAUAUUUAAGGAAGAAUGAGGAUUUGUGGAAAAUGUGUGACGAUGUGCAGAAGGAAUAUAACAUACCCGAUCACAUUAAAAGAAGGGAAUGGCAAGAAGUCGCUGGUUACAUGAUAAGUGAGUUGCUGCAAAAGGAACACAAUGAUUAUUUAGAGUUUAAAGAAUUAGUUCAAAAUGGACCCUGCAAGAAAGAGAAGUUUUACAAGUACAUAGAUAAAAAGAGGAAAUCGUGGACAUACAUGACAACUACAAUGAUGGAUUCGUGGAAGGAGAGAUUAAUGGAAAGACUAAAAAGUCACAGCGUACAAGAAGCGUAA